UAACGGCUAGGAAUCGAUCUAGGGUGGGUAGUUGGGUCCAGGGCAUGGGGGCUAUUAAAUCCCAUCGAUCGUUUUGGCACGUUUCAGUUUGGAGUUGAUCGAUCGUCGCUUCCCGAGGAGCUUCUCUGGCGUGCCGAACACGCACGGAUUGGAGCAAAUUUGUUUGUCGGCUUCAACGUGUUGAUUAUCAUGGAUGUAUAUUUACGUAGAACCGCUGGAAACAUUGGUUCCUCUAGAAAAGGGUCCAACCUUGUUGGUAGAGAUCUGAAGCACGAAGAUAAAAGCGUCCAACAUUGUAAUCGGAUUGGAUGCAGCACGAACCUUAACUACAUGAAGGGUGGCCACUUGAGCAACGCAAACAAAUCAACUUGUUCAAGAUCCUCUUUUCGCUCUGCUUGCAGCAAAGCCCUGGCCAACAUGGAUGACCUUGAGAAACCUAAAUGUUUGAAGGCAACUUUUCGCUCUACUUGCGGCAAAGCACUUGCAGGAAGUUCUUCAGCAUCGUUCCCUACUUCUAUUGUCCUUAAUAAGUCUCACCGUGAGCAAAAGAGUCGGUUGUUAUCCAAGGGUACAUCCGUCACUGAUAGUAGUAGUGCUAGCAGUAGUAGCAGUAGACAAGAUAUUCAAGAUUUAGAUUCCGUAGAUGCACAGGAACAGACUCAAGACGAGACAGAAAAUGGAACGGCCACUUCCAUGACUGGUAACUUUCAAUCAUUGUUACGUGGUGCUGAUAGCCUUGAUUCUACUCGAGGAUGUUCCACCAGUGUAAUUAGGAGGGUGGCUAAUGGCAACACUAUGUCAACAUCGAGAUCAUGUAGACAAAAGCCAGGAAAUAUCAGUCAGGAUACUUCUUCAAGCUCGGCAAAGAGUUCUGUCGUAUCAAGGAGUGGAACUUCUAAACUUGUUUCACAAAUUCCUGGUACUGGAUCACAGAGAUACGGCCUAAAAAAUUUAGGCUGUACCUCAAUAUCAGAUGUUCUCCCAAGUGGUUGGUCUUCCUCCAAUGGCGGUCAGGGUAGAGCGGUAGAAUCAGUUAGAAAGAGACCCUCAGAAGGAGAGAGUUCUUCUGGAAGAGGUAAAGGUAUUAUUGGGUCUUCAAGUGAAAGACGGUUAGGCUCUCAACAUAGCAAACUUUCUGGCCCUAGUGUCUCUACUCCGGAGAAUCUAAUAGCUCAAGAAGGCUUGAGAAACAGUAACAAGCCGUUUAGUAGAGGAUUGUCUGUGAGAACCCAACGAGGUCCUGUUAGAGACACUAGAAUGAGACUUUCUGAGCGCGGAGAUAACAGCACUCCUCAUCUGGACCCUCUAGUUAUACCUCAACCUCGUGUUUACAUUCAAGAUGUUCCUGAGAGUCCAUCAAGAUCUUUCCUGUUGGAAUCGCCGCCUUCUCUUUCGCAUGAUUCAUUCAGCAGCCAAGGUUCUAGUAGUCGUUCAAUUCGCAACAGAUUACUUGCUAGUCAUUCUGACAAUAGGGGUGGACAUCACUUCAACAUGGAAACGACGGCUGAGGUCUUGUUGGCGCUGGAGAGAAUUGAACACAUUGAGGACUUGACUUUUGAGCAACUAAUGAUGUUGGAAAUGAACUUGUAUUUGGGAGGUUUGAGUUUCCAGGACCAGCACAGGGACAUGAGAAUGGAUAUCGACAAUAUGUCAUAUGAGGAAUUGUUAGCCUUGGAAGAGAAAAUCGGAACUGUGAGCACUGCUCUCUCGGAAGAGGCGUUAUCAAAAUGCCUGAAGAGAAGCAUAUACAUCCGGCCCACUCUCGCAUCGACAGUCACCGCUUGCGGUGACGAUAUCAAAUGCAGCAUUUGCCAGGAAGAUUAUGUAUUAGGGGAGGAAAUUGGAAGCUUGGCUUGUGAGCAUAGGUAUCAUGUAGCUUGCAUUCAACAAUGGCUUAGAUUGAAGAAUUGGUGCCCAAUUUGCAAGUCUUCUGCAGUUGCUUCUUCUAAGUCCCCAAUCAACAGACCCACUUAAAAGCAUUUCUUCAAACACAUACAACAACUCUGUACAUAAACUUUCUUGUUCCUCUUGUUCAAUAAAUUCAGAUCAUAUUGAUCUCCUGCCCUCCUUUUUUCUGUUUUCUCAUUGUGGGAAAAAGUCCACCGUUUAUAAGAUUGUUUCUCUUUGAUGAAACUGUUCACUUAUAAAAUUUCAGUUCUUUUUAA